AUGACUGAACCGGUCUCGAGUAAUACUAAUAACGCUCUGAUGCAAAAAUUGACAGGUCCGCAGCUUUUUGACAAGAUUGGCCGUCCUACUAGGAUUGUUGCGCCAAUGGUAGAUCAAUCUGAUUUAGCAUGGCGUAUUUUGUCAAGGAGAUACGGUGCCACUUUGGCGUACACUCCUAUGUUACAUGCGAAAUUAUUCGCGACCUCGAAGAAAUAUAGGGAAGAUAAUUGGUGCUCCCUAGAUGGUUCUGAAGUGGAUAGACCUUUGGUUGUACAAUUUUGUGCCAACGAUCCGGAGUACCUGUUGGCUGCGGCUAAAUUUGUGGAAGAUAAAUGUGAUGCUGUAGAUUUGAAUUUGGGCUGUCCUCAAGGUAUAGCCAAGAAGGGACACUAUGGGUCGUUUUUGAUGGAAGAGUGGGAAUUGGUACAUGGUUUAAUUAACACCUUGCAUGAGAAUUUGAAAGUGCCAGUCACCGCCAAAAUUCGUAUAUUUGAUGACCGUGAGAAGAGUUUAAGCUAUGCCAAGAUGGUAUUAGACGCAGGUGCUCAGUUUUUAACAGUACAUGGGAGAGUAAGAGAUCAAAAGGGCCAAAAGACAGGUUUAGCAAACUGGCAAACCAUCAAGUAUCUAAGAGAUGAACUGCCCAAAGAAACUGUGUUUUUUGCCAACGGAAAUAUCCUAUAUCCUGAAGAUAUCUCACGCUGUAUGGAAAACAUUGGCGCAGAUGCAGUUAUGAGUGCCGAAGGGAAUCUUUAUAAUCCUGGUGUUUUCAACGUAGACCACACUCAGGACAAGGACAAGGUUUUCCCACGUGUGGAUAAAAUCAUCAGGGAAUAUUUUCAAAUAGUCAAGGAUUGCCAAGAAUCCAAAGCCUCGAAAACAGCGAUGAAGUCUCAUUUUUUCAAGAUUCUAAGACCUCUCUUACCGCACCACACGGAUAUCAGAUCUGAUCUUGCAACCAUGAAUGCAAAGGCCACCUGGGAAGAAUGGGAGGAAAAAAUAGUGAUACCUGUGGAAAAAGUGGUGGAAGAAAUAUAUCAACAACCAGAUAUCGAGGACAAGGAUGAAAUAACUAUCGGCGAGAUGCAGGCUUGGGGCGGUUCGUACAGAACCGUGCCAUACUGGAGAUGUCAGCCAUAUUUUAGGCCUGUUAACGGUAUCACUGGUGAUAAAAGAGUUAUGCAAGGCCUGACAGAUGCAGACAUGAACAAGAAACGUAAAGCUGAUGUACCGCUAGAAUCUUCUGGUAAAACGAAGGAAGCAAAAGCAUAG